CCGGCGCGGGCAGGUAAUCCCGAGCGGGCUGCGGGGCCGUCACCCUCCCUCCGACCCAGCCGGAGCCCGACCUGUCAGGCUGGCCGGGCAUGUCCCCUCGGCGCCCUGUGCUACCAGGGCCAAUCUCCGCCGAGAGACGGGUCCCGGACGUGGGGUGUUCAUAAGAUUGGAAGUGCUGUUUCCUUGCCAGAUUCCUUCAUGCCAUAGCUCAUGAACCUACGUAAUCUUGAGGAAGAGCCUAUAUUUAAUGAUGACACACAUGUCACCAGCAUAGCAACAACAGUGUGAGGACAAACACAAUUAAAAUUAAGAAGCAUUCAGAUUUAUAUUCAACGAGGAAGCCAUUUCAAUCAACAACUUCUGCUGCGUUAUUUUUCCAAGAUGAACCGAUACACAACCAUGAGACAGUUGGGGGAUGGCACCUAUGGGAGUGUGCUUAUGGCCAAGAAUAACGAGUCCGGGGAGCUGGUGGCCAUCAAAAGGAUGAAGAGAAAGUUCUACUCUUGGGAUGAAUGUAUGAACUUGAGAGAAGUUAAGUCUCUGAAGAAACUUAAUCAUGCUAAUGUUGUUAAAUUGAAAGAAGUUAUCAGAGAAAAUGACCACCUUUAUUUCAUAUUUGAAUAUAUGAAAGAAAACCUCUAUCAAUUAAUGAAAGACAGAAGCAAGUUGUUCCCUGAGUCAGUCAUCAGAAAUAUUAUGUAUCAGAUAUUGCAAGGGCUAGCUUUUAUCCAUAAACAUGGCUUUUUUCAUAGGGACUUGAAGCCAGAAAACUUGCUUUGUAUGGGUCCAGAACUUGUGAAAAUUGCUGAUUUUGGACUUGCAAGAGAAUUAAGGUCACAGCCACCGUACACUGAUUAUGUCUCUACUAGAUGGUAUCGUGCCCCUGAAGUUUUGCUCAGAUCUUCCGUGUAUAGCUCUCCCAUUGAUGUGUGGGCUGUUGGAAGUAUCAUGGCUGAACUCUAUAUGUUAAGGCCACUUUUUCCAGGGACAAGUGAGGUUGAUGAAAUCUUUAAAAUUUGCCAAGUUUUAGGGACUCCCAAAAAGAGCGACUGGCCAGAAGGAUACCAGCUGGCAUCUUCUAUGAACUUUCGUUUUCCCCAGUGUAUUCCUAUAAACUUAAAAACUCUGAUUCCCAAUGCCAGUAAUGAAGCUAUUCAGCUCAUGACUGAAAUGUUGAAUUGGGAUCCAAUGAAACGACCAAGAGCAAGCCAGGCAUUGAAACACACAUAUUUUCAAGUUGGUCAGGUAUUAGGCCCUUCCUCAAAUCAUCUGGAAUCAAAACAGUCUUUAAAUACGCAGCUGCAACCAUUAGAAUCAAAGCCAUCUUUAGUUGAAGUAGAGCCCAAGCCUCUACCAGAUGUAAUUGAUCAGACUGUUGGACAAUCCCAGUCAAAAACUAGCCAUCAGCCACUGCAGCCCAUUCAGCCGCCACAAAACCUGAGCAUCCAGCAACCACCAAAGCAACAGAAUCAGCAGAAACCGCCACAAACACGAUUCCCAAACAUCAUCAAAAACAUGCCAACUAAGCCAAAUGGCACACUGAAUCAUAAAAGUGGUAGGAGGCGUUGGGGCCAGACUAUCUUCAAAUCUGGAGAAAGCUGGGAAGAGGUGGAGGACUAUGAUUUCGGAGCCUCCCAUUCCAAGAAGCCAAGCAUGGGUGUUUUUACAGAAAAAAGGAAGAAAGAUUCUCCAUCUCGGCCUCCAGAGCUGGCACCCUCGGGCUCCAACCACUUGCUAGGGGAAAACAAGAGCUUACCUGCUGCUAUUUCCCUAAAGUCUGAUUCCGAAUUGUCAACUGCUCCAGCCUCUAAACAGUACUACUUGAAACAAUCAAGAUAUCUUCCAGGUGUGAAUCCCAAGAAUGUGUCCUUGAUAGCCAGUGGAAAGGAAAUAAACCCCCACACGUGGAGCAAUCAGUUAUUCCCUAAGUCACUGGGACCUGUCAGGGAAGAACUUGCUUUCAAAAGGAGCAAUGCAGCAAGAUUUCUUCGCACUUCUGUUUCCAAAAAGGAAGAAAAAAGAAGAGGAAAUAGCCCUGAUGCUGUGAUUCCAGCAACAAAUAUUCAUUUGUUGAUACAUGAACUACUUGAAAAAAGUUCCAUCUUUCUCAUUAAGAGAUAGACGUGUUUCCAGAAAACUUAAUUUUUAUGUUUAGUAAUCAAAAUAUAUAUCUUGAUUAAUUAUAUACAAUUAAUCAUUAUAACUGUGUAUUUUAAUAUCUUUAUGGUUACAAGAAAUUUUUAAAAAAUUAAUUUACACAUGUUAGAGUGACCAAUUUUAAGAUUUUUAAGCUUAAGAUUACAUUUGGAUCAAAUUUUGAAGCUGAGGUUUAAAUAAAAACAUAAUUUUAGGGGAAAAAGGAAUUAAUGUGAAAUAUCCAAGUGUCAAAAAGGAACUUGUUCUUGUAUUUUUAUGACACUAUUGAAGGGCAUAAAAUCACUAGUAGUUUUAUUUUUUAAAUGCCUGUAGUUACAAUAUGUCAGAAAUAACAUCCUUUGCAACUGUUAAACUUAUGAUUAAAAAUUUUAAAUAUUAGCUUAGAAGUGUGUGAAAAGGUAGUUUGUUUUUUAACGUAGGUGAUAUUGGAUCAAAAAAGUUUGACAAUUACCAUUAUAAUGAGUGAGUAGUUUAUGAGAUAUUCUGAAGUGAGAUCAAUACAUUUGGACUUUUUACAGGUUUUCCAGAUACUUUAAAACUCAGCUUAUCUAUUUAAUGUUGCUGAGGUGUCAUACACUUCAACAGUGUAAUUUACUUAUUUUUUCCUCAGAUACAUAAAAAUAAUAUUCACUGAACCAACCAGUUAUACAAAAUCAAUUAAAUGACAGUAGAACAACUUUGAGUCUCAAGGGAAUAUCCAGUUGGCAUCAAAUAAAUGCCGUGACAGCACAUGGGGACAUUUUUGCAUUUUUAGGGGUUCUUGCUGGGUCUUUUCAUGAAUCAUCUAAUCCAUUUUUCUCUGCUUUUCCUAAAACAUUCUCCUAUUAUUCUUUCUUUCCAUCUGCCUUCCCUUUAGAAGAAAGCAUAAUUAAACCAAUUGAAAAACUAUCAUGCAAUGAAACUUUUCCUGAAAAAUUAGAGGACCCACAAGGUAAUUUCUGGGCAUCAGAUGAAUGAAAUUUGUUCUUUGAAUCUCUUGUCUAAUCUUCUUCUCAACAUUUGCCCCUGAUCCUGACAUAAAAGGCCAAGAUGAUCUGCUUUUAGAAGUCAAGUCUGGACUAGGAUACAGAAAAGCAUCCUAUCUCAUCAAGAAUAUCUUCCUUCAGUAGUUGACAUUCUAAGAUAAAUUUGCCUCAAAAAG